UUGAAAUUAACUAAUUGACGUACCGUGUGUCACGUCAAGAUGAGCUCCCAUCCCAGAUUUUCGGAACAGGACGUGGAGAACGUGCGCAGGGGUUUCGCGGCGGACCAUGGAAGAUACAUCGCGCUCAUGGAUCUAAGCCAACUGCUGAGUAACGACACCGUCGAGUCGCAGCUUCCAAGCGCCGAAGUCGUCCUGCAUCGUCCUCUACCAGAGCUGGGACCUCUGCAUCCCUCGAUGGUGGAGAUUCCGAACACCGUGGCCAACAUGGACUUGGAGUCGCUCAGCUCACCAUCUCCGCCGAUACCGAGAAUGAUGAAGAAUCUGCUGAAAGAUAGACGUCGCUUUCAUAGGCAAUUCGUAUCCGCUUCAUCUACGGCUCAUUCCCACGACUACGACGAAGAGAUCGUCGCCAGGGCGCAUAGAGCCAUGGAAAACUUUCAGCUGAAGGAGAUGUUCAAGCAGGAGCAGGACGAACCUCGCCCUGAAACCGAGAAGGAAUUCUGCAAGGAGCUGCUAUUCGCCUCCAUAAUAAAUCCCCCAGAUGUAUAA